CUGCUAUUGUGAACUGCAAAAACAGCUGGCGUUUUGAGUGCACUUCGUUUUUAAACAAAUUAGAACUGCACUUUACAAUCAAAUCUUUAGAUGGCUAACCACUACCAAUAACAAAGGCUACAAAUCGCAAUGGAUUCCUCUUCGUGCUGCUUACUCUGCAUGUGCGAGUAUCCGGCCAUGAUGGGGGACUAUAUAGACGUACAGUCCGCGCGGGCCGUCCAACUGGAGGUGGCCAGGAUCGUCAACCAGCACUUUCCCUUCCAGAUCUCCAAGGACAGUCACGAAAGGAUCUGUGGGCGCUGCUGGAAAACCGUCUCCGAUUUUCACACAUUGCACGAGUUCGUGAGUGCAGCGCAGCAUUCCUUGCAGGAAACCAAAGUGCUGCUCAUGGAGGAUGAUCCCCUCACACAGGGAACCUCCACCUUUCCGGAAACUGUAAAGUUGCCAACUCUGGAGGAGGAACGGUUGCAGGAGCCACCGGAACAGCUUGGUGGGCGGGACUUCUUCUACCCGGAGGUGAAGAUAGAGGAGCACGAACUCGACCACCUACCCCGCAUCGAGAUCCUCGAGAGCACAGCCAACACGCAAGAAUCUCAGGAUGCAGUGGAAGGCACAGCCAGACGCUUGAGGAAGCGCUUAAAGGCAGAGGAAGGAUCGUCUGGGGAAAAGGAUAAGGAUGAGGAUGAUGCAGAAGCAACUGCAGAGCCGGCGCCACCCAAAAAGAGACGCGGACGUCCCCGGAAAGCAGACACAGCCAUUGCCCCUGCCCAGAAACCGAAAGAAGACGUCAAACUUGACCUAAAGGCAGAGGAGCUCGACGAGUUCUUGGAAGAGGCCGCGGACCCCGACUUUUCAGGUCUGUUGCAUAGCGAUGACUCCUCCGAGGAUGACAACUACGGAGGCAGCGGUGGCUCCGACUCGGACUUUGAGCUAGACAAUCCCGAAAAGCAGGAGUUUGCCGUGCUGCCCAAGAGAACGGUGGUGCGGCCCAAGAAGUACAAGAAGCGGACGAAACCGGCGGAGCCGAAAGUGCGCAUGUCCCGCGAACUGCUGGAGCAGCGCAAGAAACAGCAGGAGGAGUACGACGUCAUCAUCGCCAAGUUCUUUACCAGCGUGCUGCCUUGUGCCAUCUGUAAUCUGUUGGUACACAACUUCACCGAGAUGCAGCGCCACCACCGACUGACCCACCAGGUGGAUCCCGGCUACAUGAUGUGCUGCGGCCGCAAGUUCACGCAGCGCAAAGUGCUGGCCGAGCAUGUGCUCGUCCAUUGGAAUCCGGAGCACUUUAAGUGCAGCGUCUGCGAGAAGUCAUUCCAGAACUCACGGCACCUGGAAUCCCACCAGCAGGUGCACAUGGAUCCAGCCAUCAAGCUGACUUUCAGCUGCGACCUGUGCUCGAAGACCUUCCUCAGCAAGACGGCCAUCGACUACCACAAGCUGAACAAGCAUGUGCCCAAGUCGGAGUUCAAGUUCACCUGUUCCGAGUGCAAUAAAAAAUUCCUCACCGAGCGCAAGCUGAAAAAUCACAUGAGCUCCAUGCACGACCCAGAGAGCACCAUCAUCUGCGACAAGUGCGGCAAGCAGAUGCGCACCAAGAUCAUCCUGAAGAAGCACCAGGAGCUGAUGCAUUCGGACAAGCCGCGCCCGGAGCCAGAGCUAAAGCAGUGCCAGAUUUGUGGAGCCUGGCUAAAGGGCAUGACCGGUCUGAAGCAGCACAUGAAGAGCAUCCAUGUGGAGAGUGCGGGCGAGCAUCGCUGCCACAUUUGCGCCAAGGUGUCGCCGAAUGCCAGGGCUCUCAGGCGUCACAUCUACCACAAUCACGAGUGCGAGCGCAAGUUCAAGUGCACCAUGUGCGAAAAGGCCUUUAAACGGCCGCAAGAGCUGAAGGAACACACAUCCACACACACCGGCGAGGUCCUAUACACCUGUCCGAAUUGCCCGAUGACAUUCUUCUGCAGCGCCAACAUGUACAAGCAUCGCCAGCGAUUGCAUCGCGCCCAAUAUGAGGCGGACAAGAACCAGCCCAAGCCCCCCAAUAUUCUGAAGAUAUCGCGCAACGCCUCCUCGCAAAACAAACCCAAACAGGAGAUCUAGCACCUAAAGAUAGGUAUUUCAAAUAUAUAAACGCUUUCUUUCACUUUCACAGAAUUCGAUCGAGCUCAUACAAUUGUUUAGCACUAUCAUUUAUAAAUCCAUUUUCAUACUUAAAGCAAUUUUUCAAAAUUAUUUCUCUAAAAGAAUUAUUUUCUUUGGAGUAAAUCCAAUCUGUGAAAGUUAAAAGCGUUUCAACCCUUUAGUUUUAGAAUAAAAGUAUUGAAUAAAUGCGAACUGGACUCGGCUCCAGCUCAAAAUCAA